UAUAUACUUGGUAUAUUUCUGAGGGUGUCACUGCCUAGCGCGCAUUUUUGUAAUUAACCCAAACAAGUUAAAGUUGGGAAAAAGUGUGGAAAAAAUGGAAGAUAAUUUUUCAUAUUGCACUCAAAUGCUCAAGGAACCACUGCAACUUGGAAAACUCGUUGGCUCUGGCUCACAAUUUGAGGUAGAACAGUCGCCACUUGGGGCUGGCGAUGAUGAUUUUAAUGUCGACGAAAUGGAAGAUUGUGAUAACGCUCCAGAAGAGCUCGCUUCUCCAUCGACCCAAUCGUUCGAGUAACU